ACCACAGUGAACACAAACGGAGCUUGGCGCUGCAGAAACAAAACACGACCUCAUCCAGACUAAACAUGGAGAAGUACCAGAAGGUUUUGUGUUUGGGCAGAGGAGGAGCAGCAGACGUGUUUCUGAUGAGACACUUGGAGCUGGGCAGCCUGUUUGCUGUGAAGAGGAUCAAAGUGGAGAAGACGGGGACAGAAAACACACACAGGGCUGUUCUCCAGGAGGCCGAGAUCAUCAGGAGGCUGCAGCACCCAAACAUUGUGCACUGCAGCGAUGCAUUCAUGAACCCUGCAGACGGAUUCAUCUACAUCGUGAUGAGCUACUGCAAUGGAGGAACGCUGGACGACAAGGUGAAAGAGAGGAGACCUCAGGAGUUUUUCACAGAGGACACAGUGAUGGGUUGGUUUGUGCAAGCGGCUGUGGCUGUCAGCUACAUACACAAAGCCAGAAUCCUGCACAGGGACAUCAAAACCUCCAAUGUGCUGCUGACCAAGCAAGGUCUGGUGAAGUUGGGAGACUUCGGCAUAUCCAGAGUCAUGACCAACACCGCUGAUAUGGCGUCCACGUGCGUUGGGACGCCCAGCUACCUCAGUCCUGAGCUCUGUCAGGACGUCCCGUACAGCUGCAAGUCUGACAUCUGGGCUCUCGGGUGUCUCCUGUUUGAGAUCUGUGCUCUCAGGCCUCCUUUUGCUGCCUCAAACCUCCUGAGCCUGUUCUACAAGAUCACCAAAGGAGAGUACGAUCCUGUGCCUGACGCAUUCUCUCACAAUAUUUCCUGUUUGGUUCAGAAAAUGCUCAGCCUCAAUCCAGAAGACAGGCCAAGUGCUGCUUGUGUACUCAGCAGUGCUUAUGUGCAACAUCAUCUGGAGGAUAUCCAAUCGAGAAAGACAGAUUUUACCCAUGGGGCUGAUGUUAACAAUGAAGGAAAAACCACAGAUAUGAAUAAAACGCUGGGGUCAGAUGUUCUCAGUCAGUCAUGGGAGGAGAGAAGUGAUGCAGAGGAGGAAGACGCCGGUGAACAGAGCAGCUGCUUCUAUCCUGAGGACUUCGAUGAAGAUGGAAGUUCUCAUAGUGAACAUUCAAGGACCAGGAGUGAUUCAGCUGAGUCUGUCGUAUUUCCCGAACAAGUUGAAUAUCCAGAUGACUUUGAGGAAGAUGAGGAAAAAGAAGAUCAGGAUGCAGACUUUGUCCAAACUGCAGCUCCUCAGCAGCCACAUGAUGAUACGCUGGUGGAGGAAUUUCAGCUGUGCGACGCCGGAGGACUGACCAUCACACUGAAAGCACUGAAGGAAAAGGGCUGAAAACGUCCCUAAAAAAACAAUGACCGGGAUGGAGCAGGGUAUUAAAUAAAGGGACUUUAGUGCUCUAAAGUGCCUUGUUUGGUUAGGUGUUUCUAAAAAAAAAAAAAAAGGACAUCGGGCCUGAUAAAGGCUGAAAACAUCUGCACAUUUAGUCAGCUGGUUUGCUGCUGGGUGAUGAUCAAUGAUCAGGACACUUGGUGGAGCUAAAGAGAAUAAACAGUCUAUGUGGCUGUGUGAGGUAAAGGUAAAUACAGCACUUAAUUCUUUUAUAAAAUGCUAAAUACUUUUAUUAAAGCAUAUAAAGUCAGUUUGAAACCAUGUUCCUGUCAUAAAAUGUCCACAAAGUGUUUAAUUUGGAUGCACAACUUUCCGUAUUUAUUACACCUCUUCAUGCGGCUGCAUGUCCUGUUCAGUCGACUUUCUCUUUUAGUACAAUGUUAAACACUACAUGGAGUGAAACAGCUCUUUUAUCUGCUUUUUCUCCUUAGGGAGGAAGUAUGUGGUGUAGGUUGCUGACCAGAAAGAUGCACAGAUUACACCUAAUAAUACAACCAAAAUUAAGAUAAUACCUAAGAGGAAGAAACAUAUUCAGAAACUGACAUUAAAAUAGAAACUGGACUCUGUAAGACCAACACUGGAUGCCUCAGUAAACAAAGAGAGACUAUUAAUAGCCUAACAACCUGUUACUUUAAAAGUAGAUUUGAUCACGCUUGCAUGUCGGCCAGACAUUUUCACUACAAGUUCACAGUUUUCCCAACAUCAGAAAUAACACUAUAUUCUCUUUUCCUCUUUUUAUCACACAAACUAGUAAGUUUAUUAUUUAUUCAAACUUUAAGUCAAGAGAUGUUUGAAUUUCUCUCACAUUUAUUCUGUUUAAUCGUGAAAUAAUUAGAAAUUGAGAGCUUUAUCGCUGUCAUGGAAAGAGUAAACAUCUACAACAGGCACAAUUUAUCCAUAAUCCAAAGUAGUCUGAUCAGAUUUUGCCUCUUGGACAGAAUUCAAAGUCAAAGAAAAAUGAAAUCCUGAAAUUACAUAAGAAAUCAAGAAAUCAUUUAUUUGUUGUGGGUCAGAUGGGGGGACAGACUUUUAACAAGAACUUGAAAAAUAGAAGAGGCUGUUGUUUUAUUGUGCUGUUUUCCAUCAUACUUAAAUAGAUUCAAUGCUGGCUAUUCUGCUAGUCGACCUUUUCAGAGCUGGUUGUCUACAUCACGAUCUGCAGUCACAUUCAGAGUGGUAACUUAACAGUAAUUGGUCUUUUUUGUUUGCAUGUGGCUCAGCGUCAUUCUGUCCAGAGUGGCUUUGAAAACACACCACAAAAUAAAAUGGAUUACCUGUUCUGGAUAGCAGAACAUGGGGUUUUUAAAUCCAGAUCAUUCUGAUCCAAAUUGAACAACUGGAAGGACAACACCAGGUGGUAAUAAUGUCACUGUCCUCUUGUAUGUAAGUGGAGCUCAAGGAGGUACAAUCCUUUUGUCAUCCGUCUUUUAAGCUUUGAAGGAGAAUCCAGAUGAAUCCAGCAGAAGUGACCUAUCAGUGGACACUUGAUUCUUUGGUGGUCUGGACCUUAUUUGCAGUGAGACCUUUGACCUUCACUGUAGCUGGUUUUGUUAAGAGCACCUGGACUUCUCCUGUCUGGGUCUUCUAGCUUCAUGUCAUCCAAAAGCACCUUGAGUAAACGGAGAUACUGGAGAGGUGAACAUUUUAUCACACCUCCUGUCUGAGGGUGGUUCUGUUUCAGGUCUAUGCCCGGUGUUUCACCUAAAAAUGAUAGUGAGAGAGUCAAAAGCAACAGGCAGAGCAAAAAGUCUUCAUUCUCUAACAAUCAGGGCUCAGCAACUUCCUUUAUCUGUCUUAACUCUUGUUUAACAUCACGACAUUCACAGCAUUUUGUGGUUGCAUGCAACAGGUCUCCAUAAAAUCCCACUGUACCUCCAACAACUGUCUAAAUGAGGAGAAAACACUGUGCUUCUGGUCGCUGUAAUUGUUACAGUUGGGUCCAGUUCAAAUAUAAAUUCAUGGGAAGGUUUCAGACUAUGGGACAGACUAGACAUUUCUAAGUGAAGCUAACUGUCGCUGCUGUCGUUUUAGCAGUUUGGCAGAAUCUCUGGGAACAGGUUCUCGCCUAUUGUCACGCCUCUGGUAGGCUUAAGACAUUUGGAUGUUGGAUCAGUUGACACUUCCUCCUCUUUUCUCUUGGAUUCCUGUUUGUCUACAUGCUGCGUACUUUAGAGCACUUUGUCAUGACCCACUGUCCAAAUCAAUGAAAGGAGUUAUGACAGCAUAUUCCCAGAUCAGGUAAAAACUCACCUCAGUCUUCCCCCUUGCUCACACCUCAGCUGAUGAACUCUGCCAUUCUUUUGUUGUUGUUGUCAUUCUGUCCAUUUUGUCCCCAUAUUUAUCCCCAGUUGAGAACAAGAACUUCAGCAUUGUGGCAUUGUGAACUGGACAACUACAAUCUGCUCUACAGCUGGAUAGCUCAGAAACUAACACCCCUGACUUUGGCAUGGGAGACUGGUGGUUUAAAUGUUAUCCAGUGAGGACUUUUUGGCAAGGUCCCUAAUGCUGCCCUGUCUACCUGCCUCAUGCUGUACCUACUCCCAGAUCAGAUGUAUGUCGCUUUGGAUAAAAGCAUCUGUUAAAUGAAACUGUUAUCUAAA